CCCGUCUCUGCUUUUAAUUACUUGACAUGGGACUUAAAAUUUCAACCUUUAAAUUCGGAAUUGGAGGUUGAGAUGUGAACGACACGUGACGAUUUGUGUGGAGCAAAAUUGACUCGAUAAAAAUAAGUCUCAGCUUGAAGCUGGCCGACGUUGCCGUGGAAAUAAUUGUCGGAUAAAUGCGAGUUAAAAGUUGUGCGCGUUCCCCAGAUAGAUAUUCGAAGGGAAGAAACAAAAGGAAGAAAAGGUGAACAAGUAGACUCGAGCGCGAUUCACGUGUUUCACGCCGGGGGAAAGUUAAUUACUUGACGAGAUGGACGACGUGAAUUCCCCGGAGGACAAUGCGAUUAUAGUCGCGGAUCAGUUGCCACCGACGAGUAUGAGCAAGCGUCAAUUGAAGAGAUUGCAGAAGGAGGAGAAGUGGCUGGAGAAAAGGGGCGCGAAGAGGUUACGGGAGAGGAUUAAGGCGAGGGAGAAGCGCGCGUACGCGCGUGCAAACAACUUGAGCCUAGGUCCGUCCAGGAAGCUUUUAAAGAGGAGCACCAUGGCGGCGAGUGCCUGCACGCUCACGGUGACCAUCGACUUGUCAUUCGAUGAGCUAAUGAUCGACAAGGACAUCGCUAAGCUGACGAAACAGAUAUUGAGGUGCUAUACCUUGAACAGAAGAGCCACGGCUCCCAUGCAAUUUUCCCUCACCAGUUUCAGCGGCAAGUCGCGAGCCAGUAUGGAGAAGCACAACGGAUAUCAGCACUGGGAUGUGAGCUUUCACACCGAGUCGUACAUAGACGUUUAUCCCAAAGACAAGAUCAUAUACCUAACGAGCGAGUCUAAAAACGUGAUAGAUUGUUUGGAGCACGAUUGCGUGUACGUCAUAGGUGGUCUCGUCGAUCACAAUGCACAUAAGGGUAUGUGUCACAAAUUAGCGGAGGAGGCGGGUAUCAAACACGGCCGACUGGCAUUAGACGAGUUCCUACAGAUGAAGGCGAGAAAAGUGUUGACUAUUGAUCACGUCUUUGAGAUACUGCUGAAAGUCUCGGAAGGCGAUACUUGGCAAAAGGCGUUUCUAAAAGUGUUGCCGGAAAGGAAGAACGCACGGCCGAUCGUUCCUGUGCAAUCCAAAGAGGAUAAGCUGCGAGACUUGAAACCUGUUGAUGUAAAUAAUGCAACGCCGAUUGAUACAAGUAAAGCAGAACCAGUCGAUGCAAAUAGUACGGUGACGAUUGAUGUAAAUAAUACAGUGGCGAUUGUUAAAGAUGUUUGCGCUGAGGAAAGCGAUAAUAGGCUCGAGGGCAAUGCAGACUCGAAGGUUCACUUUGUUUCGACGUCAAUCCUGUUUGCUAUUUCGCGAAUACUGCAGAGAUUGCCGGAAAUUAUUGCGCAAGGAGAGCGUGCACAUAAUAACAACAUUAUAUUUUUGUAUCGUCUGUCGUGUAUUUUCAAAUAUACGAGAUGCGUAGACAAGAGCAAGACGGCAAACACCAAUUAUAAACGGGCUACAAAAACGCGUCAGACUCGACAAACACUUCGUCAAUAUCUUCUCGCGCAUUUUGUUUUUUUACACAUCUCACAGACACAUGUUACAAUAUAAUACAUUCUUACAUAUCUAAAAUAUUUGUUUGCGCUACCGGAGUGCAGCUUUUAUUGAUCAUAUUAGGUACCUUUUGCGUCCUUACUGUCGUACAGCGCCAUUAAAAAUUGCUCAAUCGUAGCAAGUAGAUCAAACUGACUCUUCAGGUUAAAACGUUUGUACACAGGUGCAUAUUUAUUACAUUGCAAAUGUACAUACGCUUAUUUAUCGUUCAAGACAUUAAAUACAAUUACCAGUGGUAUCAUAUUGUACAUACAUAUGUAUCUACAGUCGAGUCCCCUUAUUCUCGGGUCUCCGCCUAUCUAUUCUUCGUUACUUCUUGUACAAAGGGAGAGUAGCGCAAGAUAAAAGCAGCAGAGAAGCAGGAGAAUACGGGCGUUCGACUGAAUUCGUCUAAAUAAAUAAAUUUUGCUUUCAUCUUCA